UUUAUUGUUUAUAAAGAAUAUGGGCUCAAUUUUUAGCAGUGACAAAAAGAGAAGAGCAGCCUUAGUUAGUGAACAGGACAAAGCUAUUUUGACAGCAAAAAUGUCUCGUGAUCGAUUAAAACAAGUCUGUAAAAGAUGUGAGGCAAAUAUUGAAAGGGACAAGGAAAGGGCAAGAAUACACUUGAAGGAAGGGAGGAAAAGCCAAGCACUACUUCUUUUAAAAAGAAAACGUUAUGAAGAAACAACAGUAAAUACAGUUUUGGGAUAUUUGGACAAAAUUAACCAAAUGAUAAAUUCUUUAGAAAUGGCUCAAUUAAAUGUUGAGGUGACUGAAAGUUUGAGGGAAGGAAAUGAGGCAUUGAAAAAAAUUAAUGAGUCAAUUUCAAUUGAAGAAGUUGAAAGGAUUAUUGAAGAAAGUAAAGAAGCUGAAGCAUUCCAAGAGGAACUUGCAUCCCUUUUGCGUAAUAAAUUGAGUGAAGAAGAUGAACAGGCAGUAGAGGAAGAAUAUGAACAAUUAAUAGCUAGCCAAUUGCCUAAAGUAGUUAAUGAAGAAAUUGGAGGGGAUGAAGAGGAAACUGAAAGGAGAAAAAAAGAAAAAGAAGAGGUACCUCAAAAGAAGCAAAAAAGAAAGGUGGAAGCGGUUGCUUUGGCUGCUGAUUAAAAAAUUAAAAAAUAAAUAUGAAAGGAGACAAAAUAAAUAAUAAAUUAAUUUAUUUGAAAUUAAAAAUUUUUUUGAGAAUAAAAAGAGGCAUUU